UCAAGAUAGCUGCAGUACCGCAUCGCCCAAUUCAGCUGAACAUUUCAGUUCGAGAAUCGUAGCAUAUCGUAGCAUGGCUGAAGAAUCCCAGCAACUACUUUUCGAGACAGAUUCAGAGCCCGGCCUUCAAGCUACUCCAAGGCCACGAUAUCACCGCCUUGGAGCUCUGCUUCUGACGUUCGCGCUGUUGGGCCUGGGGAGUUUGGUGCAGUUGGCACCGCAUCAGAAGUCUUUACGGGGCAACGAGGCAGGUGUAGUCCAAGACUCCUUGUCGCUCUUUGAACCGGUAGACGGCGGAGCUGAACGUGCUUGUCGAGGGGCGACGUCAUCUGACAAUCAGCCCACCUACUUCCUUGUAACGUCUGCAGUUGAUUUAGCCUCCUGUCAAUUGCAGUGCCUUCAAACAGGUUGCCAAGGAGUUGAGUUUCAUGCUUCAAAUGGCCGAUGUGAAUUGUGGACUCGUCCGGAAGGAAUCCAAGCGUCUGCAGAGUUUACUCCCUCUGUGUGCUACAGGCGUGUGGGGAUCCUGGAGCCUGUGGAUGGUGGUUUGGAUCGUGCAUGCCGUGGGAGCAGUCCUGGCGACAACAAUCCGGCUUACUUUCAGAUUGAAGAUUUGCAGUUGUUUGACGAUUGCCAACGAGAAUGCUUGCGCACUGCGGAGUGUAGGGGCAUCGAGUUCUCGGUGGGAAGAUGUGAGAUUUGGACACGUCCUGAGGGUAUCCAGGCCUCCAUAUCUUUGUCCGGAUUCCUGUGCUACCGGGCAGUCAAUACUGCUACCACAAGUACUGGGACAACAACUACGCAAACAUCACAAACAUCAACUGUGAGUUCCACAUUGACCACAGCGACUCUGACAAGCCUCACAACUACAGUCUCAAUGACCUCGACGUCAAUGACCUCGACGUCGACGAUCAGCACAUUGGCCUCAACCCCGAGCUCUCCGAGUCCAAGCCCUCCAGGUCUUUUAGUAGACUUUAGAGGUGUGGAUGGCGGCGUGGAUCGUGUGUGCCGUGGUGCUGAUCCCGAUGACAACAACCCCAUCUACUUUGAGGUUUUUGAUGCGGAUGACUUGGAAGCGUGCAAAGAAUUGUGCGCAGGGACCUCGGACUGUGUAGGCGUGGAGAGCAUUGGAAGGAGAUGCGAAGUGUGGACCCGUCCAGCUGGCAUUCAAGCUACUAGAGAAGUGGCAGGUUAUCAAUGCCUGGAGUUGGUGACAUUCAGCCUCGUGGACGGCGGGGGGAGUGCUUGUCGCGGGACCUCAGCGGGUGACAAUAUGCCCGAGUACUAUGAGGUCUUCACCGAACCUACUCUGGAAGACUGCCAGCAGCGCUGCGCAAACACUACUGAUUGUGAGGGCGUGGAAUACUCUGGCACAAGAUGCGAGGUUUGGAAUACUCCAAUCUUGGCUUCUGUGAGCAUUACUACCGGAGAUUUUCAGUGCUUCCGGUUCGGAAGCCGACCACGUUUGACGUUCUUGACAGAAGUUGCGGCAUCCACCUGGAGUACCAUUGGAUUUGAUGCAGAAUGCAGAGGAGAGACAUCUGAGGACGAUUCGCCCAGCUACUACUCAUUGGUCACGGC